AGGUAACCUUCCCGGGCUUCCCCUGUCAUCUUUGCCGCCUCUUUCCUCUCCGUCUCUCCUUUUGCUCCGGCGACCAGCACCACCCUCCUCACCUUCGCCCUCGACUCCCACUGUUGCUCUGGUCUUGGUCCUUCGAGCUCGAAUUCUUCCACUAUUUCCGUGUCUCUUCACCUUAUUGGAUAUCUCUAGUUAAAUGGGUCCUCGACAAUGUCAAGUUUGCAAUGAGACUCAAUCAAAGUACAAGUGCCCUUCAUGUUAUACACCUUACUGCUCUCUGGCCUGUUUUAAGAAACACAAAGAAAUUCCAUGUGUCAAGCCACCACCUUCAGAGCUAAAAACGACUACCAUUGCAGAGUCUCAUGUACAAAAGCCAAUAGUUGUUGAUGAACCCAGCGAGGUACUGCAAAAAUCCCAACUAGAUGCCAUAGCUUCUUCCAGUAAGAUUCGCAGUGCUUUGAAGGAUAAAGCCCUUCAAGGACUAAUUUGCAGGAUCGAUUGUUCCCCAGAUGCUGAGAAUGUACUUGAUAAAGCCAUGACGGAGGAACCAAUGCGAUUGUUUGUGGAAGAGAUUCUGUCAGUAAUCAAUCCAUAAGUUCGAGCAACUGUUUCUGGUAGGAUAAUAUGUGGUAGAUAGUUACGUACGCGUUCCAGAUGGGAGCCUCCAGAUUAUGCCAGUUGUUAACCAAUGUUGGUUUUUUUAAUGAUCUAUGCGGCCUCCCAUGACUUAGCCUUGGAUCAUAUUUAUCGUCUUUAUUGGGCAUGGUCGUAGGAGUAUCUGCAAAAUUAGUUCAGAGUUUGACAAGAGUGUAGAUGGGAAUAGAAUCCCCAAAUUUGUUAUAAGUAGAUUUUUGGCUUCUAUAGAUGUGUCGAGGUGUAUCUAUAACUAUAAUUCUGACAUUGAUCACCCUGUUAAUCGUUUUGUAGAUUACGAUUUUCAAAAUACCAUGGUAUGUAAUGAUUCCUUUUUUACA